AGGAGUAAAAAACCCAAAAAAGAGGUCCUAAAUUCACGGACUCAGACAUGGCAAUUGCUGAACCAUCCCUAAUGGCAAUGGCGGCCCCCACCCUGCAAUUAUUGGGCGCCUCCCCUGUCUUUCCGCCAACCAAAGCAUCUAAAGCCAGCCAGCCAGCGAGCCAACCCAGCAAAACAAAGCCAAACCAAACCAAACCCUCCCAUUAACAGAUUCCCAAAGAUUCACAAGGAUUGAGAGAGAGAGAGAGAGAGAGAGAGAGAACCCUAAUGGCGGAGAUGGUGGAGAAGGAUGGCGGUGGAACCGCCGCCGAGGAGGAGGAAGAGGAAGAGGAAGAGGAAGAGGAAGAGGAAGAGAAGAGGUUGUUGGAGGGCGUGGCAGUGUUGGAUUUCGACGUGCUUUGCUCCACGGUGGCUAUGCAGACGCAGGGCGGCAAAUGGACCAAGUUGGGUACUCACGACGGCGAUUUCGAAGACGGCGGCGCCGAGUUUGGGGGCGUCUUCAGGAUGUGGGAGGGUGAACUUCUCGACUGCUUCCAAGACCGCCGCAUCGCCCUCCAAUCCGCUUGCUGUCCAUCCUAUAGGUUCGGGAAGAACAUGGGCCGAGCUGGUUUUGGUUCUUGUAUUGUUCAGGGAAUUGUACAUUUCAUUCUUGGUGUUAGUGCACUUGUCAAUUGCAUAGCCUUUAUUAUGACCAAGAGAAAUUUUUUUCUAUAUUUGGCUGUUGCUUUCACCAUCUCAGUUGGAGCAUAUCUGGGAUUUUUUCGUUCGCAGAUAAGGAAGAAGUUUAACAUCAGGGGUACUGAUAGUUCAGUGGAUGAUUGCGUCUACCAUCUAAUCUGCCCUUGCUGCACGUUAUGUCAGGAAUCCAGAACGCUGGAGAUGAACAAUGUUCAAGAAGGGACCUGGCAUGGUCGCAGUGACACGAUAUGUAUAGGAGGUUUUGGCGAAGGCAGCAAAGCAUUGUUCGAGCUACACCCACCUCCUAUCAUGUCGACAAAGUCCCCUGAUCCCUGCAAUUCGCAGAAGAGUAUGAAUGCCGGCAAUCCCUCGUGGGCUUUAGAAAUUGGCCAUUCUGCACCUUUAGUUGCACAAUCCCAAUAGCAGCAACAAAACAGAUGAUAUUUGGAAUCCCCAUCUGCUUCUUUCACAAAGCGGGAAGUCUUAAAAAUAUUCAAUUGGAUCUAUACUUCAGUACGAUCAGGAGUUUUCGGGCUUGGGCUAUUUGUAAGGUGUUCUGGUUUUGCAGGGGUGACAUUUUGCCAAAAAGAUUUGAGAAGAUGUUGGGGAGUUGGUAACAGCCACAGCCUCUGAACCAUAAUGUAUAUACACAAGAGUGUAGUAUAUGAUGAAGUUGCCUCAUUGUUACGUCUUUUAGAACUUAGGUUUAGGUUUAUGUAGUUUAGCUGAAAACUGGGUUUGGCUACUAUUUUAUUUACUUAAAUUCAGCCAUUUGCAGCCAUUUCUUUCUCCCA